UUGAAAAAUAUAAGAGCAAAGAGGUUAAAAUUGGGGAAAAAAAUCCCAGUUGAAAUUUGCUUUCUUUCACCGGACCUGUGAAAGUUCCGUGCAUAAAUGGAGGUAUAGCAUGACGAACCACCGCAUAUUUGCUAUCCAAAUGAAAAAAUGGUGCGAUUGCAAACGUCAUUCUCACGUCACCGUGGCUGCGGCAGAAUCGAAAUGGGGCCCAAGUUGAAACGAAGUUAGCUUCUGAGUUCCAGUUGCCACCAAUUUUCACAUCGAAACCCCCAAAUCCCAAUUUCGAAUCCUCACCAUGUUCUUUCGAUUCAAAUAUCUACACUUUUUCUAAUCCUUAUUCCUCGUCAAUGUCCUCUUCGCUUUUCAACAACAACAGCAUCUCAAUCUCGGUCUCAGAUGACGAAUCCGACGAACUCGGUCGAAUGCGAGUCCGAGUCCAAAGGAAACGCAAGAAACACGGCCACCCCCUAGUCAGGACCGAGUUGACUCAGCGACUCAUCCGUUGGUUCGUCAAAUACUGGACGCUCCUUAUAUUCCUUCCGGCCGCUUUGCUGCUCUUUUUCGAGGCUACCAGGAUCAGUAGAAAACCUGGAUUGGUCGUCAACUCGGAAGUUAAUGAAGUGAGAAAGCCCAAUUUGUCGGGUAACUCAGAACUUAGUAAAGUGAAGGAACAGAGUCAAGAAAAGAAAUACGACAGCAACUUGAACCGACUUGAUCCAACCACUCAUGUUGUCGGUGGCAUUAGAGAACGUUGCUUGAAGCUCCUAGCAGCAGAGGAACUUGAGCAUCUGGAUAUUCCAGUAGAUGAAGAAUCUAGUACUAGUCCUGUUAAAAGAUUGGUGUACAUAGAAGAUCAUGAAACGCCUUAUGGUGGAGGGAACUCUACCCUCUCUUGGCAGCGUACUAAUGGCACGAGAUUUAAUCUAUUUACUGGAAACCAAACCCUCGAAGAGAGACAGAAAAGCUUUCAGGUGAAUGAAACUGCUGUUUUACAUUGCGGUUUUUUUAGUGAAAAUGGUGGUUUUAAGAUAUCUGAUAGGGACAAAAAUUAUAUGCAAACUUGCAAAGUUGUGGUUUCUACUUGUGCAUUUGGAGGUGGUGAUGAUCUUUAUCAACCUAUAGGAAUGUCAGAGGCAUCUCUUAAAAGGGUUUGCUAUGUUGCGUUCUGGGAUGAAAUUACGCUUGCAGCACAGGAAUCAAAUGGUAAUAAGAUUGACAAGGAUGGAUAUAUUGGGAAAUGGCGUAUUGUGAUUGUACGAAAUCUUCCUUUUGUAGACCAAAGGUUGAAUGGGAAAAUUCCUAAGAUGUUGCCCCAUCGGCUCUUUCCUCAUGCAAAGUAUUCUAUUUGGGUAGACUCAAAAUCCCAAUUCAGGAGGGAUCCUUUAGGGGUAUUAGAAGCCCUUCUUUGGCGUAGGAAUUCUGUGCUUGCAAUUUCAGAGCAUGGAGCUCGUAGUAGUGUCUAUGACGAGGCGAAGGCUGUCAUAAAAAAAAAUAAAGCCACACCAGAAGAAGUUGAGGUGCAAAUGACUCAGUAUCGUCAGGAUGGUCUUCCUGAGGACAAGAGAUUUAAUGGAAAGAAAGCUCUAAAUGAAGCCUCUGUCAUUGUGAGGAAGCAUACACCUUUGACUAAUAUGUUCAUGUGCCUCUGGUUUAAUGAGGUUGUUCGUUUCACUUCAAGGGAUCAAUUGAGCUUUCCAUUUGUUGUCUGGCGGUUGAAAGUGCUAAGGAACAUCAAUAUGUUCCCAGUCUGCACACGCAAAGAUCUUGUCAAUAGCAUGGGCCACAUACGCAAGGCUAAGCCUUUGACAAGUUGAUGUUAUUGCUCCCGUACCACUUCAACUUCUUGACUAUUACAUUAGAGAUGCUGGUGGCAUAUAGUCUGUAGUAUAACAUUUAAUCAUUUUGUUAUCUCCUUAAAUGUUUUACAGGUUGCAUCGGCCUUUAGAGCCUUCUUAUCUACUUCUCUUUUGCCUCAUAAAUUUGUUUAUUAUUUUACUAUGAAAAGAUUAGUUAUUCUUUUGGUUAGAAUAAAUUGUUAAAGUAAAUCUUGUAUCUAUCCGUGUUCUAGGAGGUCUGAUUGUAAGACAGACGAAUUGAAGCUUAUAGUUAUUCUUA